GGAGCUUCGUGUGUCGCCUCAUAAAGCCCCGAAAGGAGAAUAGGAGGGAUUUUUUCUCGUGUACGAGAUGGAGCUAACCUACCAAACGUUGAAAUCUACUUAUCAGGCCAGAGAGGCGGUGAGUGGAAGAGUAGGCGUCGUUGUGUUUCGCUUCGCCCCGUUACUAUGGUAACCCGCCCCCAGCGCUUUGUCUCUGCGCAUGCGUCAGGUGAACCGGAACGCGCACGCGCAGUAACGCUGCCCCGGGAUGGAUGGUUUCUUGAAUUUCAAGAGAGAGUAAAAGUUUUUGGGUGUUGGCAAUAUUGACGUUUAAGCAGCCUGAAUAAUACAAACACACACACACAAACAAACUUAUAAUUAUUCAAGCUGUUUAAAUGUAUAUAUAAAUGUAUAAAAUCUUUAAACCGUCCUAGGAUCUUCAGAUGAAGGGUUAUUAAUUUAUAUUAAUAAUAAUAAUAAUAAUAAUAAUAAUAAAAUCAACGUUAAUGGGAGGAGAAAAAGUGAUGAUGAAACAGGAGUGGUUUUAAUAAAUGGUAUUCUGCUUUUCCAAUGGCAAAUGCUGAGCUCAAAGCAGCUCUCAAUAAUCGAAAUAACAUCAUUUCUGCAUUCUUGCAAGGUGGGGAGGCCAAGCCAGGAGGGUCUUUCCAAGGAGACGUUGCUGUAAGAACAUAAGAAAAUAAGAAGAGCCCAGGUGGAUCAGGCUAGGGGCCCAACUUAGUCUAAUAUCUUGUUCUUGUAGCAGCCGACUGGAUGCCUUUGGGAAACCAGCAAAAACCAGUUGCACAUGAGCAACUCUCCCCAUCCAAUGGUCCCCAGCAACUGGUAUUCAGAAGCAUUGCUGCCUCCCAAUUGUGAAGGGCAGAGUGUGUAGCCAUUGUGGCUUGUAGCUAUCAAUAGCCCUCUCUUCCAUGGAUUUGUCUUGUCUUCUUAAAGCCAUCCAAGUUGGUGGCUGUUGCUGCCUCUGUAGGAAUGAGUUCCAUAAUUUAAUGUACUGUGUGAAAAAACUAUUUAAUUAAUCUUUCUUUAAUCUUCCAACAUUCAGCUUAAUCGUAUGUCUGUGGCAGAGUGCAUGCUUCAUUAAAUCUUUCGCUUUACUGAUUCACACUCCUGUCUUUCAGGGUAAAAUCUAUAGGAACAUAAGAAGCUGCCUUACACUGAGUGAGACCGUUGACGCACCUAGUUCAGUAUUGUUUACUCUGGCUGACUGUGGCUCACCAGGAUUUCAGACAGGGUCAUAGCUGUCAACUUUUCCCUUUUCUUGCGAGGAAUCCUAUUCGGAAUAAGGGAAUUUCCCUUAAAAAAAGGGAAACGUUUACAGCUAUGGACAAGGUUCCCUCCCAGUCCUACCUAGAGUUGCAGGGAUUGAAUCUGGGGCCUUGUGCAUGCAAAGCAGAUGUCCUGCCAGUGCGUUAUUACCUUUUGUUAUGUACUGAAGUUCUCACCCUGGGCCAGCAGGGGGAUACUGUAGAUAGUUAUGCAAAUGAAGGAUCGAAAGUGACGUUCAGUGAUUUUGCUCGGUGUUUCAGCUCAGUGAUUCACCUCUGCUCAGAGGGUGGCUGCAUAUGGCUGUGCUCUGUUGUCAAUCCAUCCCAUCCUCGUCGCCAGUGUUACAUUGUGGGUGAACAUAUCAGAUGACACAGCGAUUCUUCAAACAGCUCUUGUUUAUUCACAGAACUGAAGAGUUCAGUCAGCCUGCUUAUAUAGAACUCCAGUACAAUGUUACUGUAACAACUUUCUAAAACUAUCCAAUCACUGAAUGUCACUUUCGAUCCUUCAUUUGCAUAACUAUCUACAGUAUCCCCCUGAUGGCCCAGGGUGAGAACUUCAGCACAUAACACCUUUCCCUAAGCAGCAAUGCAGGAAGCUCCCUUAUAGUGAAUUGGAUCGUUGGUCCAAUUAUCUAAUUCAUUGUCAACACUGGCUGUCAGCAGUUCUCCAGGGUUUUGGACAGGUUUCACUCACAGUUGUACCUGGAGAUGCUAUUGGAAAUUGAACCUGGGGUGUUCUGCAUGCAGAGCAGAUGCUCUGCCAUUGAGCUACAGCUCCCCCCCCCCCCCCAAGAAAAUCCCGGUGACUUGUAAUAUCAGUAACAAAAGAAGAAUUGGCGUCUGUCUGUCUCAAGAGACAACGGAGUGUGCCUCCAGGGGUAAAGCCAAACCACUGCAUUAGCAGCACCAAAGGGACCUCCCCAGGUCAUAAGCCUGGACAGUGUUUCUGGAGGUCCUGGGCUGCCCAGACAACAAGACCUCCCUCUCAGGCUCAAUGAAGUGGGCCAAAGAAAAGCAGAGCACCACCUUGGUUGCAGGAGUUGCUGAAAGGAGGUGUUAACAGGCAUAUAAGGCGCCAUCCAACCGUCUCAGGGACUCAGCUUCAGAUUUGUGUAGGGUUUACUCCUUAGCCUUUUCUUCUCCCAAAGAUGUCCCACAAGGCAGUGGAGGUUUAGGAUCAGAGUUUUCCUUCUUCAAGGUGAGCCACCUUCCCAGGUUGAGGAGCCCCUUCUGCCCCUCACUUCCCUCUACAGCACGUGCAGAAACCACCUUCUUGACCAUUGGACCUACUAUUGGUCUCAUCCGCUUGAUCCGCCGUAGCCUGUCUUCACAUGCACAGGAAGUCCCUAGCUCACCAAGGGUUUAAAACCCAUCAGCUGCCCUUGUUAGUUUCUGUUUGCCACUGAGCAGUGCUUUGGAGUCACAAGACUCUGUUUACAUUCCACACAUUCCAGAGACAGUCCAGGCUGUUGGAAGUCUCACAGGAGACGGAUGUGGAUGUGACGUACUGGUUUCCUGUUCCUUUGUUGUUCAGUUGCUCUCUGCUUUCAUAGAGAGAGGCUGUUUCUUUUCUGUCUGCGUAGCGAGAAAUAAAACUCUUUAGCCAUGUAGCCAUAAAUCUCAUCACUUCCGCGUGCUGCUUUGAUUCUCUGCUGGAUGGGAAUGUGCCUGAGGCCUCAUCAAAGGCUCAGGUUCUUAAUCACGUCGGGAGGUGAUUCCGAAGGACUCAGCCGGAGGAAAAUGAACUUUUAUCAGCUUGGUCAAGCGGAGAUCCCGACAGCCCUCACCUGGUUAUCCUACCACACAGCAGGACAACAUCUCAGCCAUGCUAAUCUGGCCAUUCCUCUCAUUGCUGGGAUCUGGUGCCCUUUCCCUGUUCUGAGCACAAUGGGCCUUGCCUAUCACAGCCUCCCUGUUUGCUGCCUUAUUCCCAGAGGCACCCAAGGGAGAGCAUUACAUAACACGGCAAGGAAACUUUCCAUGGCUGGACGUUGCCAGGAUUCACCCUCCCUUUAAACCCCCCUCUCUGCCCAAGCCAGCAGGUAUAAGCAGCCUGUUCCUGAGAGUGGUUGUCGGGUGUUCUUGCCUUAGGCCAAGGUUCAGCACAUUGCUAGUUAGGGACUCCACUCCCGAUUUGUGUAGGGUUUACUACUCAUUCUUUUCUUCUCACAAAGCUAUCCCACAAGGUAGUGGAGGAUUAGGAUCAGAUAUUUCCUUUUCCUAGAUGAGCUACAUUCCCAGGUUGAGGAGACCCUUCUGCCCCUCACUUUCCUCUAUAGCACAUGCAGAAACCGCCUUCUUGACAACUGGGUGCACUAUUGGCCUCGUCCACUCAGUCUGCCGGAGCCUGUCUUUAGGGGAAGUCCCUAACUCACCAAGGGUUUGAGACCCAUAGGCUAUGCUCACCUGGUUUAGCUGGUAUCAGAAAGGUAUUGAAACAGAAUCUGAGUUGACAUAGAUGUAGUAAUACUUGCUCACAGAGAAGGACAAAAAUGGUAUUCAUGGCAUGUCUAAAAACUGCAAAAAAGAGAUUUGGGGCAGGGAAAUCUCCCACCCCCUCCAGUUCUGCAACCACAGAGCCACAACUGAAAAGGCCAUGUCCCUGAUAGCUUAGCCAGUUGUGGGUUGGGCUGAAAUGACUUGGUUUUAAGCAGCGUCAUUUGUUAACUGGAAUUCUUCAGUGAGACAUUUGUGGCAAAGUUCCCUUGAAAGGUAGCUUACCACCCUUACCCCGCUACUGACCUGUCCCUGCUACAGAGACCUGUUGGGGAGCGGAGGUGUUCAAGGGCCUGGGAUCACUCUUGUUUUUCACAAGUAGAUGUUGAGGCUCAAUAGCUGACUUGAGCUUUAUGUGAACUGACUGCUAGCUCUACAGAUUGCCAACAUGCUGCACGUGUGCCCAUUCCCCCUAGUGAAAUUAGUUCUCUUGUAGCCAGUAUGAUAGGUUGUGCUGUGUGCUUGGUUAUGUGCUGUGUAUGUGUAUGGUGCCCAGAACGUUUCUCUCCUGUUUGCAGAUAGCCCCCCCCCCCCCAAGUUGGCAACAUCAGUGCCUAGACUCUAGAACAUGCCUUGGAACCUUUUGCAUUGUUUUCAGCAGAUGAAAUUACAGUAUGUGAAAAUAGUUCUUUGAAGUUCAUUAAAUAUGAAAAUCGCUGGCUUCCCUUAUCCCCAGUCCCCAAUCAGCUAGGAAAUGACUAGAAUCCCCCUGCCCACAUUAUCUGACAUUGGUGACUAACCAUAUUGACUGGGUAGUGUGCAAAAUCCCAUUGAUGCAGUCAAUUUGUGUGCAUUCCUCAGGACUACCUGUGAUUGUACACAGUCUCUAGUAGAUAUGUGCAUUCAUGAGUCUGGUUGCAUUGGCUCAGACUUAUAUGCAUGAUGAAAUUGAGAGCAAGAGAGAAUGCACUGUGUCUAAGAGAAAGAAACUAAUGUGCGGUUUGGAUGCACAAGUAGAAGUGUGGACCUUAAAAUAAGCAAGAUUUUCCCGCCUGCUUUGAGUAAAAGACAGGUUGGCCAACUUUUAGGACCUAUUCAUCCAAAAUGUAGGUGAAUAUUAACACAUCACUGUAUGGUUAAUGCAUGUGAUGCUAUUUUCUUUUGGAUUGGCUAAUCAGAUGUUUAAUGGGAUGCCAGAGCCCUGUUUAAAGAUGGGAAGGCAGCACCAAAUUCUCCAAGGGCCAUGAUAAAUGCAGAACAAAGCAGGUUGAUCAUCACAACUUCAUCUCAUUUAAAAUAAGCAGAGCACCAUCAGCAUCUUCUAAAAGAAAAAAAAAGAACCUUGAGGAAUUAUCUGAUCGUAAUAUUAAAACUUUGAUUGCAUGCUAAUUCAUCUUUUGGCAGCUGCAGCAAAAACUAUGUGUGGCAUUUUAAGAAAUGAAUAAUGUACUCUGUAAGCAUUGAAGCUAAUUAGGGAAGCACUUUUAGCAUUUAAAACUAGCUCCUGUUUAAGUGCCUUAAGCUUUUAUUAAUUGUAUGGACCAAAAACCCUUUAUAGUAAUUGAAAAUUUAAUUACACCCAUUUUUUUGUUCUAGGAAUGGGAGCUUAUUAAACUUUAAACACUUAAACAUCUAUUGAAAUACCAAUGGCUGUAAAGAUGGUGGCAUUCUACAUACCAAUUAAAGAAGCGAGCGUAAAUCACUAUAAACCUAAACUGAAUUUUAAGUAAUGUUUUGCUCGUUAAGUGCUUCUAUUCUUUCACACAUGUACAACAUCUACCACUUCUGUGGUAACCAUUGGCAGUGUUUGUCUUUGGCAGGUCUACGUUAGCACUGGUCUUUUAAAAAAGAAACACCUUAAAUAUUGUUCUUGGUGUUAUGCUCCUGUCCCAGUGCUUGAUGACAGCAGCUCUUAUAUGAGAGUAAAGAAGAGAACUUUAUUCACGGUACAGGCUCAGCAGCGAUAAGUGGGUCCAAGGUACACAAACAUGGCAAGAGAUGCAGGGCCAGACAGAAGCAACACAGAUAUCCCAACAAUUGCCAUGCCCAUCCUGCAAAGCUUUUAAAGAUGAGGCAGAGUGAGCUCACUCGAUAGACUCUCUCGCCUUACGGAUCUGCUGUGCUUCAAAUGUGCAUCCGAUCUCUACUACAGACAGAGGGGGCACCUGGGUCUUGGCAACGAGGCUGUAUCCUGCCCCUCAGACUCCAGCUGCCUUCUCCUGCUCAAUUCUUCCCCCAUUCCUGACGUGACUUUGCAGGAGGGGGAAUCAAGAGAGUUGGCAGAGCUGCUUCUCCCCAACAUCUGGUGUCAUGAAGGUCAGAGCUCCAUUUUCCAUUCCUUGCAGCCAGCCUCCCACUUCUUCUUCUUCUUCUCCUCCUCCUCCUCCCUCCUCCUCUAUUUGGGACUGCCAAACCAUCCUGAUGGAAGUGAGUGGCCCAUGACACUCAGAAUAAUUAAUAGGAAUUGUGCAGAUCACGUAUGGAAAAGAUCUGGGCUACAAGGCAGGCUGUGUGUUUCCUUAAAUGGGGAGUAGCUGCCCCUUCUUUAUCUCAAAAUCCUAGGAGUCCAACUUUAUAUAUUUGAUUCUAUUUAUGGGUCACUUCCUAUAACAUACCUGCAAGUGAUUUCACGGUAAAAAUGUUGACGAUAAAAGCAAUUAAAUGUAAAAGCUAUUUAAAAGAUUGGGUCGUAUCCAAAGCUGCUGUUCCUCUAAUGCAGCAGACCUCUGCUUGCGCAACGGAGCUUUUCUGUCCUCUCCUCUGCCCUGCAGCCUCCUUUAUAUAUCCUCAGCAUCUGCUGCCUCUGUACACCCUCAACAUCUGGAGCAGAUUUUGAGGGUGCACACAGGGGGAAGAGAGGAAGGAGAGUCCCACUGCAUGAGUGGAACUGUGCGCAUUCAUGCACAGAUGGAAUGGGCAGCCUCCUUGAAGGGCAGGUGAUUCUGUUACAUCCUUUUCUUUCUUUCUUUCUUUCUUUCUUUCUUUCUUUCUUUCUUUCUUUCUUUCUUUUUGCACUUUCCCCCAUUUUAUUUCUUUGUUUUGUAGCACAAGAAAUUAUAUUUCUGUGCUGCUUUUCAUUCGCACAAAUCGCAAAGCGGCUUACAAACAAUCAAUAACAAUGACAUGAUAGAACAUCACAAAUGCAACAUGAAGCAGACAACGUAAAUCUUAUGUACAGGAUUAGUCUCCAUGUGGAUGAGCCUCAGUGCUGGGAGAACGGCGGAGUUUUGCUUCACUUUCAAAGCAUCUCCACUUAUCCCUACAUUCCAAGCAGAGAUCUUUGUUUAAAAAGAAAUUCUUAGUCGGUUUUGUAGAACCACAACCAACAACUGGAAUACCUGAAGAUGCUGUUUUCAACAAGGAAAAAAAGGGAAAGGAGCAGAAGUGAAAACCAGACCUGAAGUCCUAUCCUCUGUUCUGAAAACCCAGGUCCUUAGUUCCAGAUGGUUGGAGUGGUUGGGCUCACUAUUGGGGGUGUUGUGUUGCAUCCUUUCCUGUGGCUGGGUGCUUUGAGCUCCUGGUACCUUAUUUAUUUAUUGCUAGCCAUUUUUUGCAGCACACUAGUGAGCUUUCCUAGCAUAGUUUCGGAACUACCGUAUUACUCACAUUUCAUAAAGUACAAGAAAAAUACUCAUUUUGAAAAAUGCACAAACAGAAAAAUAACUUUCUGUCCUGGGCCACCAGAUGGCUCUCUGGUUCCUCUGGAAAAGCCAGAUUCCAGUAGAUGAGCUAAUGAUUAUUUAAAAAAAUGAUGAACAGUUUUCACUGUCAUAUAGCGGCUGACACUUGCUUCAUGUAGACUAUAAUGACUGCAAAUCUUGCACUUUUGCAGGAGAAUCCUACACAAGUUUGCUCGCUUAAUGGGCUUACUCCCAAGUAGUGGUAUAUAGGACUGCAACCUAACUUUGUGUGUAAAAAGGUAAAGGGACCCCUGACAAAUAAGGUCCAGGUGCAGACGACUCUGGGGUUGCGGUGCUCAUCUUGCUUUAUUAGCUGAGGGAGCUGGCGUACAGCUUCCGGGUCAUGCGGCCAGCAUGACUAAGCCGCUUCUGGCGAACCAGAGCAGCGCACGGAAACGCCGUUUACCUUCCCGCCGGAGCGGUAUCUAUUUAUCUACUUGCACUUUUGAUGUGCUUUCGAACUGCUAGGUUGGCAGGAGCAGGGACCGAGCAAUGGGAACUCACCCCGUCGCGGGGAUUCGAACCACCAACCUUCUCAUCAGCAAGUCCUAGGCUCUGUGGUUUAACCCACAGCGCCACCCGCAUUAAUUGUAAAUGGGAGCUGCAUGUGUAAAACUGGUGGGAUGUGUCCUUGAACUCUGAUAAUGUUUCUUCCUUGCCUGGAUGGAAGAUGGAGAGGGUUGUGUGAGUAUGGGCAGGAAGAAGUCUACUGUACAAAUGUUAAAUGUACAUCUAUUGCCCCACCUGCCAUAAUUGCCCAGCAGAGAAUGUGUCCGUCAGGCUAAAAAAAAUUAUCCAUUGCUGCUUCAGAGUCUCAUAAGCUGCAUGGACACAUGACAGAGCCCUGGUUCCAGGAAACUUUGAUUAAAGAUUAUGUGAUGGCUAUGCUUUGCUGGAAACCACAGGAGGGGAGAGUUGCUCUUGUGCUCAGGCCUUUCUCGCAGGUUUCCAACAGGAAUCUGAUUGGCCACUGUGAGAACUGGAUGCUGGGCCAGAUGGAAGACUGGCUGCAUCCAGUAGGUUCUUCUUAUGUUCUUUCUCAACAGCGAUAUACUUCUACAAGAGGAUCAUAUUCUAAAACUUUCUCUUUUAUAUGCAGGAAGAGAUGCGAUCAGAAGCCCGUCGGAAAAACCUCCUCAUUCUGAUUUUACAUUAUUUAAUGGAUGAAGGGUAUGUUUUCUUUUGCUUACUAGCAAAUAUUCAUGUGGUUUUUUUUGUUUUUUUACUGAUCUGUUUUUCUUGUUCAAUUAAAAUAAAAUAGGUUAGCAAAGAUAUAACCCUAGAUAACUGCAAACUUUGUUUCCUUUCGGGCUGUGUAGUAAAACUUGUAGAGUUCUACUGGGCUUUCUUCCAGGUAUACUAUAGGCUGGCAUCCUCUGUAAAUUUGUGUCCUAGAGAAAGACUUAAUAUUUGAAAAGCGGUUCUGCUUAGUCAGCUGGAAGGGAUUCCUACACUCCACAGGCAAACGACCUAAUUACAUGCUUUGUUUGGCUGGCCUGUUGAACCUGUCACCACACUGAUGGGCUGUUAAAAUGUGGGAGAUGAUUUUCCAGCAACAGGUACAGUGGUACCUCGGGUUACAGACGCUUCAGGUUACAGGCUCCGCUAACCCAGAAAUAGUACCUCGGGUUAAGAACUUUGCUUCAGGAUGAGAACAGAAAUCGUGCUCCAGUGGCGCAGUGGCAGUGGGAAGCCCCAUUAGCUAAAGUGGUACCUCAGGUUAAGAACAGUUUCAGGUUAAGAAUGGACCUCCAGAACGAAUUAAGUUCUUAACCUGAGGUACCACUGUAUUCAUAAGCAUUGUUUCCUCCAACUGUGUGGCGGCAGAGCAUAGCCAUCAUGGUUAAUAGCCAUUGAUAGCCCUGUCCUCCUUGAAUUUGUCUAAUCCUCUUCUUAAGCCAUCUAGGUUGGUGUCCGUCACUGCCUCCAGUGGAAGUGAGUUUUUUUAAGGUUUCAAUUUUUUAAAACUUUUUUUAUACGCUGGAGGUCUCCCAGAAUGGCUGGGGCAACCCAGUCGGAUGGGUGAGGUACAAAUAAUACAUUAUUAUUAUUAUUAUUAUUAUUAUUAUUAUUAUAGAAUGAGUAAUACUGCUGCUUGAAAAUAUAACUCUCAGGGAAGGAAUGUUUGCCAUGUGAUGAGAGGUUUGGAUGACUGCUAUCACAUGAUAACUGUCAUUGAAAGGACCUUAUGUUCCAUAAGGACAUAUAUACAGUGGUACCUCAGGUUAAGUACUUAAUUCGUUCUGGAGGUCCGUUCUUAACCUGAAACUGUUCUUAACCUGAAGCAGCACUUUAGCUAAUGGGGCCUCCCGCUGCUGCCGCGCCGCCGGAGCACGAUUUCUGUUCUCAUCCUGAAGCAAAGUUAUUAACCCGAGGUACUAUUUCUGGGUUAGCGGAGUCUGUAACCUGAAUCGUUUGUAACCCGAGGUACCACUGUAUAGCUAAUAAAUAUUUCCAGGAUGGAGUGGAAAGCAGGAGGCAAGGGGUCCAUGGUCCUUGUGGGCACUAUUUUGGUAACUCCAGGAAUAGGCUAUGAUGCCAUCAGUUGGAGGUGCACACAAAAUAGUGGCUAUUGGAUAGAGCUGUUUGUCCAGUGGCAGCUUGGGGGUUGGAUCCACUUGGAAAGACCAACAUCAGAGUGGUGGUGAUGAUGAUGAUGUACUUAACAGUUUCAGUGAUGAUGCAAUGAUCCUGGUCCUGUUUUAUGUUGCCAUUCCCCCUUCCCGCCUCUUUUUGUAUAAAACGUUUUGGUUUUUCCCCCUACAAUGUUAUAACAAUUGAAUAAACUGAACCCCCAAAUCUGUAAUUCCCAGUUAUGUCGAUGCUGCAAACGCAUUGGAGCAAGAAACGAAGCUGGGCUUGCGGCGCUUUGAAGUUUGCGACAAUGUUGACCUUGAGACAAUUUUGAUGGAAUACGAAAGCUACUACUAUGUCAAAUUCCAGAAGUACCCAAAGAUUACCAAAAAAGCCUUAGACACCAGUAUGUGGCUAAUUUCCAGAAUAAAUGUGUGUGGGUUUUUUUUUCUUUUCAGAUUUAAAAUUCAGAUUUUCUUAUUACCACUAGUGUUUGAAAUUUUCUUUAACACCAACGGCGUGCUGGUGUGUUGGUAGCAUUCCUCCUCGUUUACCCUUAUAACGGGCCUGUGAGGUAGGUUAAACUGAGAGAAUGUGAUUUGCCCCAAAUCGCCCCAGUGAACUUUACGGCUGAGUAGGGAUUUGAACUCCCAGACCCCAGUCUGACACUCAACCACUGUGCCACACUGGCUUUCCGAAGCUGGUUUCUGUGCUGGAUUUCUGGUUUCACUUGCUGGAUUGAGAGCUGUGGGUGCAAACUGGAUGCAAAUUGGAAUGGUGAUAACCGCUCUCCAUUCUGCAUUAAAGGUGCUGACCUUUAAAGCCCUAAACGGCCUCGGUCCAGUAUACCUGAAGGAGCAUCUCUACCCCCAUCAUUCAGCCUGGACACUGAGGUCCAGCUCCAAGGGCCUUCUGGCAGUUCCCUCACUGUGAAAAGUGAGGUUACAGGGAACCAGGCAGAGGGCUUUCUCGGUAAUGGGAUGGAAUUUAUGUACGCAAUUCACUGCCCGGGAAGUUGUCCUGUCCAAACCUUUCUGAGAUGAAGGGAUGCUUUGCAAGGGUCCUACCAGGCACUUGUGGGGUUUCCUUUUGUUUCAGUGGGGUUUGAGCAGAACCUCCCAGUCAAUUGUGGUCCGUGUUGUUGCAUGCAUGUUUAAAACAUUUGGAUAUAGGGAAGAACAACUUUUUAAAAUAUAUAUAUAGUAAUAUUAUAUUAAAAGAAUUUCAGUUAUAGAAAAUAAAGCAAUGAAAAGUGCUAAAGUACAAUAAAAAGAUAUAAUACAACACAGUAACUAUAAUCAGUUACAUCUCCAUUAUUAUAUGGAUAUAUGAAUAAUAUUAUUUUCCUAAUAUAUAUUUGAUUCUUAGUAACCGACUGUAUUCUGUAGAAACUCAUUCCAGGUGUCAAUAUAGUUAUCCAAAUAAAGUCUACAUCUGUAAGCAAUCCUUUCAUAUGAUGUGGGUGUUUUUGUGUCAUCAACCAUUGAUUAAAGGGGAUCAUGUAUUUACUCUUCCAGUUUAUCAAUACCAGUCUCUUGUAGAAUCCAUUUUCGUUGUCCAGUUGUCAGCUUCCAUUAUAAGGAAGAACAACUUGUGUCAGAGCAAAGAGUAGAUCACUGUGCAGGGCAAGCUUCAGCGUGCUUAACUUUGUAGCUGGAUUGUGGCCCUCGACUAUAUACAUUAUUUUAUUUAAAAGAAAGGCAAGGUCUCUCUCUCUUCUCUUUCCCCCCCAACAAACAGCAGACAACAAAUCAAGAACUGGAGGAAAACAAAAAAGGUAAGAGAAAUGGCUGCCAUGAGGACACAGUUGGUAGUAAAAAAGAUUUUCUGUAGCCAUGCAGCCACAACAUUAUUUAUUCCUGGUGGUUGCAUUCCAGGAGUGGGCAGGGCCAUACCUAAAGUAGGUGGUGCCAAACACAAAAUCUCACCUCUUUGGCAUAGAGCACACCCUUGGCAGAGGCACACACAGUCAUAGCGCCAACACACACACACACACACACACACACACACACAGAGCUCCUGCUUAAACCACAUCACAAAAUGUGUUGCACUGAGGAUGGAAAGAGCCCAUCCCAGUUUGUCAGGGUCUCCCAUGUACUGGACAGGGGUCAGCAAACUUUUUCAUCAGGGGGCUGGUCCACUGUCCCUCAGACCUUGGUGGGGGGCAGGACUAUAUUUUGGAAAAAAAAGAACGAAUUCCUAUGCCCCACAAAUAACCCAGAGAUGCAUUUUGAAUACAGUGGACGCUGGGGUUGUGAACGUGAUCCGUGCGGGAUGCACGUUCGCAACCUGCAACAUUCGCAAUCUGCGUCUGCGCAUGCGCGGGUUGCAAUUCGGCACUUCUGCACAUGCGCAAAGCACGAUUUAGCGCUUCUGCGCAUGCGCAACCGCCAAAACCUGGAAGUAACCCAUUCCGGUACUUCCGGGUUUCGGCAGUCCACAACCUGAAAAAACGCAACCUGAAGCGGCUGUAACCCAAGGUAUGACUAUAAAAGCACAAUUUCUACUCAUGUAAAAACACCAGGCAGGCCCCACAAAUAACCCAGAGAUGCAUUUUAAAUAAAAGGACACAUUCUACUCAUGUGAAUACACACUGAUUCCCAGACUGUCUGUGGGCCAGAUUGAGAAGGCAAUUGGGCCGGAUCCAGCCCACGGGCCUUAGUUUGCCUACCCAUGUACUGUAGGGUGGGUGCCCAGGAAGAGGGUGGAGCUUGAGCUGGGAUAGGGGGUGUGGCCUGCCAGGAGUGCCAGGAGCUAGGUGGGGAAAACCCAUCUUUACCUUAGUCCUUUGCCAUAUCAAGACAGGUUGUAAACCUGACACUUCCUGAAAGCCUUUCUUUUUUUGUUGUUGUUCUAGGGCAACAAGCAGCACAUGUCGGAAUCUUCCUAAGAUUCUCCCAGCAAGUCAGAGGCCAGUUUCGAAAAGUAUUUCUCGUAGGACGGUCGAGCCAAAACAUUCCAGCAAGGAUAGUCCUAAAGAGGUUGAGAUUCCUUUUUUCUUUCCUCCUCCCACCCCCGUUUUGUAAAUUUGGGGAAUGCAGUGUGCUUAGCAAUAGGAUACAGCAACUGGUAGGUUACUGGGGCUGCUAAAACCUUUAUAGGAGGUUUUGUGUAAAAGUAUCAGGGAGGUAGAAGGAUAAUUAAAACUUUGGACAUUCUGGGACGACCACAGACUGAAAUCUCCUUAAUAAACAUUCCGUCUCCCCAGCAAACUUUGGGAACAAGUACUGGAAGGAUGGCAACAGCUUUGUAGACAGAUAAUUGCCUGUCUCCUCACCAAAUUACAAUCCCCCAAGCUUAUUGGGUGUAAGCAUUUCAAAUAAUCAACCGGAUAACUGGAGUAAGAUUAGAAUGGAUGCCUUAAAUAUGUUGCUGGAUUGUAUACAAGAUAUGCCAUAACAAAGGAAGUGAAAACUUGAUUAUUUAUCUCUUAAUUGCAGCAAGGGUUGUUCUUGCCCAAUAUUGGAAAAGCUCUGUUGUCCCAUCUGUUAGGGAAUGGUUAUUUAAAUCAUUAGAAAUGGCUCAUAUGAGUAAGCUAAAAGAGAUGGUGUAUACAAAUGAAAUGGACAAGCUGUAUACACAGUGUUUUCUAAAUGGCAGCUUUUCGUUCUUUAUUGAAAAAAACAAUUAUGGAUUAGGGAGUCUUGAUAUAUUUUCAUUUACAGAGAGAGUGAGAAUAUGUGUAUAUAUUUGCAUAAUUAGAAGGGAAGGGAAAACAAUUCCUCAGAUUCUUUGGGGAUUGCCAUUACAGUUAAACUAGACUAUAACCAAUAUGUGUUUCUACUAUAGAUAUACUCUCUGUAUUCCAAAACUAUUCUGAGAGUGUUGGUUAACCUGGCUUGGAUGAAAAGAGAGAGAAAAGUAUUUGGAGCUGGAGCUGUUUCAAGCGUUACUGCAGCCAAACUUGUAUCUGUGGGAAUAAUGGCUUGUUUGCACGUCACAUUAAACCAUAGUUUAAAACAAACCAUGGUUCAGUGUGCUGACCCACAUUGCCCAAAAGGUUCCCCUGCCUUUGCUGCUUCCACGCCACAGACAAAACAAGCCAGAGUGAUUAUUUUCAGCUGGCUCCUCCCUGCUCUUCAGGGGUGUCUUACUGAGCAAAGUUGAGUGUUAAGCAUUGCUGCUUUUCCUCAUUUCCUGCACUGUGCUCAACAGGAAGCAAAGGCGGAGAUCAGCCCUGUUGUAUACUUGCAGCAGCCAUCAUGGAUGUUACAAACCCCAAUAGAACACAUUGGUUGCACUGGGGAUGCCAAGCACAGAGGAUUGUGGGAGUUUCUCAAACAUGCCUGCUUGGAAACCCCUUGUAAUUUCAUUUUUUAAAAAAAUAAUCUUUAUUAAUUUAAAUUAUUGUACACACUUAUACAAAGAAUUUACAAUCUCAUACUACAAAAAGAAAAUUUAAAGAAAAAACAAUUAAGAAAAAAGAAAAAAGAAAAUACAGAAAAAAGAACGAAGAUAAAGCAAAUUUACUUACAUAAAAAAACCCUUAAUCUCCCUAAUUAAUACUUAAUUGAACACUUAAAUAAAAAAAGACUUCUGACACGAGUCUUGCAAUCAUUCUCAUUGUACUGUUUAUACUGUUGUUUCCCCCCCGCAGUUUUAUAUUCUUUAGUAUUGUUCCCGUCUACUCCACAAACGGUUUUUGUUGUGUCACUCAAGUUCUGCUAAUAUGCUGUGAUUGGUACAAUAUGAUCUUAUAUAGUCCUUAAAUGUUCUCCAUUCUCCAAAUAUUUUCUGGUUCAAUACUCCUCUAACUCUUCCCGUCAGUUUUGCUAAUUGUAAAUAUUCUAACAUGAGGAUCUGCCAGUCUGUAAUUGUCGGUAUUGUUUCGUUUUUCCACUUCCUCGCCACAAGAAUUCUUGCUGCUGUGGUGGCAUACAUGAACAGUGGUCUUACGUCUUUUUUAAUUUCUAAUGGUAAAAUGCCUAAAAGAAAGAUCUCUGGGUUUUUUUUAUAGGUAAGUCUGAAUAAUUUCUUAAAUUCAUUAUAUCUAUUAUCCCAGAAUUCCCUAAUGAUUGCACAAGUCCACCAAAUGUGGUAGUAUGACCCCACGUCUAUUUUACAUCUCCAACAAAUCGGCAACCCUCCUUGAUACAUUUUCGCUAGUUUCAAGGGAGUCUGAUGCCAUCUAUAUAACAUCUUCAGGAUGUUCUCCCUAAGGUCAUAGCAUGCUCUUGUAAUUUCAAAAUUGGUCUGUGUUUGUGUUUGUUUUCUGUAGGAGAGUGAAGAUGCUUUUGCCCGGGUGCCAUCUGAGUUCGGUUUAAACGUGUCCGCAAUCCAGAAAGGAAGUGGAGAAGGCGCUCAUCCUAGGAGGGUUAGUCAGAAACCUAACAGCAUGCAUGGAUUGUUAUUAUAAGAGUGUUUGGGUGUCUGAAGGUGGAAACUUAUGGAUGUCUUGCAGCAGCCUUCCCUAAAUUGGUGCCCUACAGAUGGUUUGAGGCAGCCCCACCUCCACCCGUUGUUCCAGUGGCUUCCCUAUUGGUCUGGCUUCUUACAUUUUGGUUCCCUGUCCAACAUCUCUUGUUGGUUGUUGAUCUCUGGCAGGCUAGAGACAAAGGUGAGAGCUGCUUCCUAGUUCUGCUGGAUCUCUCAGCGGCCUUUGAUACAAUCGGCCAUAACAUCCUUCUGGACCAUCUAGAGGGGCUGGGAGCUGGGGGCACUGUUAUACAGUGGUUCCGCUCCUUGCUCCUGGGCCGUGUUCAGAAAGUGGUGGUGGGGGAUGAGUGUUCAGACCCCUGGGCCCUCACUUGUGGGGUGCCUCAGGGUUCCAUCCUCUCCCCCAUGCUUUUUAACAUCUAUAUGAAGCCGCUGGGAGAGAUCAUCAGGGGGUUUGGACUGGGUGUCCAUCAAUAUGCAGAUGAUACCCAGCUCUACCUCUCUUUCAAAUCAGAACCAGUGAAGGCGGUAAAGGUCCUGUGUGAGUGCCUGGAGGCGGUUGGAGGAUGGAUGGCAGCUAAUGGAUUGAGGUUGAAUCCUGACAAGACAGAAGUACUGUUUUGGGGGGACAGGGGGCAGGCUGGUGUGGAGGACUCCCUGGUCCUGCAUGGGGUAACUGUGCCCCUGAAGGACCAGGUGCGCAGUCUGGGAGUCAUUUUGGACUCACAGCUGUCCAUGGAGGCGCAGGUCAAUUCUGUGUUCAGGGCGGCUGUCUACCAGCUCCACCUGGUACACAGGCUGAGACCCUACCUGCCCGCAGACUGUCUCGCCAGAGUGGUGCAUGCUCUAGUUAUCUCUCGCUUGGACUACUGCAAUGCGCUCUACGUGGGACUACCUUUGAAAGUGACCCAGAAACUACAACUAAUCCAGAAUGUGGCAGCUAGACUGGUGACUGGGACUGGCCACCGGGACCACAUAACGCCGGUCCUGAGGGAUCUGCAUUGGCUCCCAGUAUGUUUCCAAGCACAAUUCAAAGUGCUGGUGCUGACCUUUAAAGCCCUAAACAGCCUUGGCCCAGUAUACCUGAAGGAGCGUCUCCACUCCCAUCGUUCUGCCCGGACACUGAGGUCCAGCUCCGAGGGCCUUCUGGUGCUUCCCUCACAGCGACAAGCGAAGUUACAGGGAAGCAGGCAGAGGGCCUUCUUGGUAGUGGCACCUGCCCUUUGGAACACCCUCCCAUCAGAUGUCAAAGAGAUAAACAACUACCUGACAUUCAGAAGACAUCUUCAGGCAGCCCUGUUCAGGGAAGUUUUUAAUGUAUGACAUAUUAGUGUAUUUUUGGUCUUUGUGGAAGCUGCCCAGAGUGGCUGGGGAAGCCCAGCCAGAUGGGCGGGGUACAAAUAAUAAAUUAUUAUUAUUAUUAUUAUUAUUAUUAUUGUGUUCCAGGCUGAAGACCUGCCAUGGGCUUCAGGGUCCGGUAAACACUAUUCGUUUCUCUUGUAGGGCCAAAUCAUUGAUUUUCGUGGGAUGAUUCAGGAUGCGAUCAAAGGAGCAUCAAAUGAAAUUGCCGUGAACAGCCUUAACUGCAAUCCAGAUCCUUCAGUGAGUGGUGUUCUUUCCGCCUAGUAAAAUAAAAGUUGAGAAGUAAUAAGCGUCAUAUGUGUGGAGGAAAAACUUAAAACACCUUGCAGAGUCCCCCAAAAUAGACCAAAGGCAAUAGUACUUCAUCCAGCAGAGCUUUUACUGGUGCUGAAGGCAAAUGAGCAUAACGGUCACGAAUCCAAAUGCAAUCAGGAAUGGCACAGUCCAUAAGAAAUCCAGUUGCAGCACUUAAAAUAAAACUUAACAAGAACUUAUAAUAAGUCUAAAACCUUAACACUAAGCAUACUAUGUACAGAACAGAACACAGAACAAAAGAGAAUCAGAAAGAAAGUGAGACCCCGGCUCCUUCUGGCCAAUAUUUAUAAUCAGCAUGACCUUGCAGAAUAGAGAUAAGAGAACCAGUGCAAACCAGCUGUACUCAGCUUCCGGAAGCUAUAACCCAAACAAUCCUUCUGCCUACUUCUCUCACACAGAGAAGCUUUUACUAGCUUCUAGAAUCCUCUUGUAUUAAUCAGAGUAGAAAAGAUCUCUGCACAUCAGGUCCAUACUUUCUGCACUAAGAAAUGCAAACUGACAACAAGUACCUGGUAAAUCCAACGGGGAAGAAAAGUCUUUUGGAGUGGCCUUUGGACUUGCAUGUAUCAUCCUCUCUUGACAUGCAUAGAUGGUGACGUCCAAACUGGAAGUUCUUUUGGCUGUUGAAACACAAUAGCACCUUAGAUCCUGGAUAGGAUGUAGUAUCUCCUCCUGUCCACAUAGCCACGGUACCUCCCAAUUUGGACUUUACCUUGUAUAUUUGGUGGAGGAAUUGUGUGGGGAGAGUGUGAGGACUAGAAAACGCUGCAUAUGCACAGGGAUAGAGCUGGGGCUCGGGAAGACAGCUUGAAUUGGACUUAAUAUGAAAAAAACCCUAUUCCAAAAAUGGUGUUGCAUAUUUAAAACUUUCACAUACCUAAUUUAAAGUUUUGCAGCCCCUCAAAAUAACCAAGACAAUUUUUUUUUGCAUGCUAUAUAUCAGGCAGGGACGUGGAUAGCGCCGUGGUCUAAACCACAGAGCGUAGGACUUGCUGAUCAGAAGGUUGACGGUUCGAAUCCCCGUGACGGGGUGAGCGCCUGUGAACCUAGCAGUUCGAAAGCACGUCAAAGUGCAACUAAAUAAAUAGGUACCGCUCCGGCGGGAAGGUAAACGGCGUUUCUGUGCGCUGCUCUGGUUCUCCAGAAGCGGCUUAGUCAUGCUGGCCACAUGACGCGGAAGCUGUACGCCGGCUCCCUCGGCCAAUAAAGCAAUAUGAGCGCCGCAACCACAGAGUCGUCCGCAACUGGACCUAAUGGUCAGGGGUCCCUUUACCUUUUUAUGUAUCAGGCAUGUCCAACUUCCAAGAGACUGCGAUCUACUCACAGUAUAAAAAGACGGGCUGUGAUCUACCCAUUGUCAUUGCCAGGAGUUGUUGAGCUUUUUUAAGGGGAGGGUUGACCAAAGUUAUUGAGCUUUUCUCGGGGCGGGGGGGGGGUCUACCAAAUUUAUUGAUGUUGUUGUUGUACUUCAUGCCACGAUCAACUUGGGACACCCUCGUGAUUGACCUAUUUGACAUGCCUGCUAUACUGUAUAUAGAUUGCAUGUGCAUGUGUCUUUUUUGUAGGAACGGUUAUUAAAACCCCUGGGCGCUUUUAUUGGGAUGACUGGUGAAAUGAGAGAACUUGCGACGGUUGUGAGCAGGGUAAGACCGAACCUUGUUUCCUUUCAGUCCUGGGGUAUAUGCUGAGCCUAGUUGGUCAAGGAAUUGACCCUCCGCUUUUCCGCAUUUCCGUACCCAACAUCAGAAUGGAGAAACAGGAGGAGAGUCUAUGAAUAACCACAUUCUGGACACAGCCCUGCAGGAGAGUCCCCUGUGGAAGCCCCAACCUUCACUCUUCUAGCACAGCUUCCACCCGCUGCAGUGGGGUCCAUGCAAGAGAGUUCGCUGCUGGGUGAUGCUCUCUGUGUAUGCACAGGAGGCGAGAUAGAUAAGAUAAAACUUUAUUCGCAUUUGUGGGUGUUGCUGUUGAUAAAACGGAUCGAAAGAUUAGAAGGCUGCAUAGUUGUCAAUGGUUUGCUGUAGUGGCAUUUGGUGGACGUAGUCUACCUCCAUCCCCAGUUCCUCAGGAGGAACAAAGAACAUAACAAUUGUUUUGGUGGAGAAGACCAUGUUCCACCUAGUCCAACAGUGGCCAGCCACGUAGCUCUGGAAACCAGACUAAGAGGUCAUUCCCUCUUGUUUCUCCUUCGUAGGAAGAUAGGAAGCUGCUUUGUCCUGAGUCGAACCACUGGUUCAUCUAGCACAUCCUUCCUCAAAUUCAGCCCUCCAGAUGUUUUUUGGCCUACAAACUCCCAUGAUCCUCAGCUAGCAGGACCAGUGGUCAGGGAUGAUGGGAGAGAGAAAAAACUUUAUUCGCAUUAGCCAAUGGCCAUAGCAACAGUAAAACAUUACAGUAUACGCAGAAAAGGAAAUUUGAUAUAACAGCACAAUUUAAAGUCCUGAAUCAGCCAUCAGUUAGUGGCCCUUAUUCUGAUUGCCCCUGCUAUGAACCUAGCAACCUUUGCUGUUAUCUGCUCAUUUUGAUCUGAUAGAAGAAAGGACAUUGUGGCAGUGGUUGAGCACCCUGGGAUGGUUAGUACGAGUGGGGUGAUGAUCUCGUUCCUCAGGUCUUUGUAGAGAGUGCAAGACAGGAGGACGUGUGCCGCUGUUUUGGUGCUACCAUCUCCACAGGGGCAAAGACGUUUCUCAGGCGGGAUCUUUUGGAAUCGACCCUCAAGUACCCCAGAUGGCAAAACAUCCAGUCUUGCAAGGCACAGGAGGCGAGGCUUGAUGCUCUGUGGAAGGCGUGGGGAACCCUUUUCAGAUUGAGGGCUUCGUUCACAUCUGGGCAGCUUUCUGGGGCUGGGGUGGGGCCAGAGGUGAAAAUGGGCGAAGCAACAAGUGAAAAUUUUAACUUUCUACAGCAAACUUGUUCAAGCAUCCACUCCUCAACGUGUUUCUUCUGAUGCACAGCAAGGAGCUGCUGGGAGGGGUGGCAGGGAAGAGCAGACCUUUACAUGUACAGUGGUACCUUGGUUCUCAAACGUAAUCCGUUCCGGAAGUCAGUUCCAAAACCAAAGCAUUCCAAAACCAAGGCACUUACAUAGAACAUAAUGCAAAAUAGAUUAAUCCGUUCCAGACUUUUGAAAACAACCCCUAAAACAGCAAUUUAACAUGGAUUUUACUAUCUAACGAGACCAUUGAUCCAUAAAAUGAAAGCAAUAAUCAGUGUACUGUACUAUAAAAUAAAUAGGAAAGUAUUGUAGAUGAUUAAAAUUAAAAUAUUUUCCCCCCUUACCUGCACUGAUGAUAGUCAUUGUUUGGAUGGGGGGCUUUUAUCCAUUUCUGCAGUCAGUCAGUCAAUGAAUGAAUGAAUGAAUGAAUCAAUCAAUCAAUCAAUCAGUCAGUCAGUCAAUCAGUAGCUGAACUGGGUUCCACACUGCAGCCCUAAGCCUAGUUGCUCUGCAGGAACAGUCAAUUUCAGUGGGAUUGUCUCCUAAGCGAGCAUGUUCAGAAUUUUUUGUCCUCCAUUGCAAUAACAAUUUUAUGCUUCUUCCCUCUCCCAGUGUUUCUCAGGCUUGGGUCCCCAGCUGUUUUUGGACUACAACUCUCAUCAUCCCUGACCACUGACCCUGCUUAGCGAGGGAUGAUGGGAGUUGUAGUCCAACAACAGGCUGGGGACCGACCGAGAAACACUGCAAAGCAACCUGUCUCUUUCUGUGUCACUGUUUUGUUUUUAUGCCCUGGCAUAACGGAGCUUAUUUUGCUGCACCGAUGUUUCCCUGACUGUACAGGGGAGCCGGAGCCCUGCCUUUAAGAAGACCAAACAAUGUCUUGCAGGAUAUCUACCUCCACAACCCGAAUGUAAAGUGGGGCGAUAUCAUUGGUCUCGAUGCAGCCAAGCGGUUGGUCAAGGAAGCUGUUGUGUACCCAAUCAGGGUAAGGGAACCUGUUUUGAAAGCUUCUUUCUCUCUGGAUUGGCACUCCUGAUCUUGAAAGUGUCAACUUCUCAGCAGUGUUCGAAACUCCCAUUGUUCUAGGCACAUGUUGGGACGGGGAAUUUCAUGAGUGCAAGCAGUUUAUGAGCUCUGGGCGCAGUACUGUGCCUAAGAUUUCAGAUUAAAACUGCAGAUGGGAUGGGAUGGGAUGGGAUGGGAAGGGAAGGGAAGGGAAGGAGGAGCUUUUUUCUGCCUCCGCACUUCCAGUUACUCUUUUAAGACUGGAGAAGAGACCCUCUUAAAAAUAUGAGGCGGGGUGGGCAGGGGAAGGACUAGACCAGGGGUCAGCAGCCUUUUUCAGCUGUGGGCCAGUCCACCGUCCUUCAGACCAUGUGGAGGGCCGGACUAUAUUUUUUUUGGGGGGGGAAUGAAUGAAUUCCUAUGCCCCACAAAUAACCCAGAGAUGCAUUUUAAAUAAAAGCACACAUUCUACUCAUGUAAAAACACGCUGAUUCCCGGACCAUCCGCGGGCUGGAUUGAGAAGGCGAUUGGGCCGCAUCCGGCCCACUGGCCUUAGGUUGCCUACCCCUGGACUAGACCAUGUUAAAAAUGAACAUAAUAUUUUAGCCCAAGUUCAUUCUUUUUCAGCUUUGUAUUCUUGUUAUAAAAAAAGCACACCUAGACAUUCUGUUGUUGCGCCCAUAACCUAGGUUUAAGGUGCCAUUUAGCUCCUAGCUUUCAUAUCUCAGUUUCUAGCACUGAUUUUUCAGAGUUACACAUGGAGUUCAGUUGCAAACUGCCCCCUAAUUCAUGUGGUCUAAGUUGCAAAAUCAACUAAUAAUAAUAAUAAUGAUUUAUUAUUUAUUAUUUAUACGCUGUCCAUCUGGCUGGGUUUUCCCAGCCACCCUGGGCGGCUUCCAACUGAAUAUUAAAAACAAUACAGCAUCAGACAUUAAAAACUUCCCUAAACAGGGCUGCCUUCAGUUGUCUUUUAAAAGUAAAAUAGUUGUUUAUUGCCUUGACAUCUGAUGGGAGGGUGUUCCACAGGGCAGGCGCCACUACCAAGAAGGCCCUCUGCCUGGUUCCCUCUAACUUCGCUUCUCGCAGUGAGAGAACCGCCAGAAGGCCCUUGGAUCUGGACCUCAGUGUCCGGGCUCGAUGAUGGGGGUGGAGACGCUCCUUCAGGUAUAAAGGACUGAGGCCGUUUAGGGCUUUAAAGGUCAGCACCAACACUUUGAAUUGUGCUCGGAAACGUACUGGGAGCCAAUGAAGGUCUUUCAGGACUGGUGUUAUAUGGUCUUGGUGGCCACUCCCAGUCACCAGUCUAGCUGCUGCAUUUUGGAUUAAUUGCAGAAUGGGAUGGUGGUCAUUUGGGUGCUCAAAAGUGUUGCAGAAAUUGCAGUUUGACUCCCGAAAAUUAUUAUUAUUAUUUAAUUCUGAUAUUGUUUUUCUCUGCUUAGUAUCCACAACUGUUUACUGGCAUCCUCUCUCCAUGGAAAGGACUAUUGCUCUACGGGCCCCCAGGUACUGUCUACAUAACUACAGUUUACGAAUGAACUCCCGCAUUCCCUUACACCACAGCUUGAGAGACCUUUUUGUGCAUCCCCUUCUCUUGGGGUAAACACUUUUCUUACUCCUGGCUGAAGGCGGACAUAACGUUUUUCGAUAUUGCUCACAUCCACGGUGUGGACCUGGCCGCAUAAAUACUCUUGCAGCCUUGCAUAUCCUGUGAGGUGAAUGCAAGAUCACCAUCCAUUUUUGACACUCUGGCAUUCCCUCUUGCUGCAGAGUAGCUGUUCUCCAUUUAAAAAGGAAAAGGUUUUAAAGAGACAUGUCUCUAUAUGCUGCCUUUAACAAAUAAAAACAACCACCACCUGUGAAUCCCUUGCAAAACUCCUCCAAAGACUGGGAGUGUUUUUGACAGAAUGGUUAACUAAACGACCACUGCAUCUGUUCUGGGAGGAUUUACCGUAUUUUUCGCCCUAUAGGACGCACUUUUUCCCCUCCAAAAAUGAAGGGGAAAUGUGUGUGCGUCCUAUGGGGUGAAUGCAGGCUUUCGCUGAAGCCUGGAGAGCGAGAGGGGUCGGAGGUACGCCUCUUUUGACCAAAUAGCUCAGGGGAAUCAUUUAUUGUGGGGACAAAGGCUUGCACAGUUCCUCAGUGGGGAGAAAUGUUGAGGAGCGCCUAUGUCGAGACUGAGUCCUGACUUAUUUUCCUGCACCUUGUAGGUACUGGGAAGACUUUGCUAGCCAAAGCUGUUGCCACUGAAUGCAACACAACCUUCUUCAACAUCUCGGCAUCCACCAUCGUCAGCAAAUGGAGGGGAGAUUCAGAAAAGCUUGUGAAAGUAAGAGUGCCUUCUGUUUUCCUCGUGCCCUGGCAGAAAUCCACAGUGUUUGGCAGAGAAUCUUUGAGUGAGGUGGCCUAAUGCAGGAAUGGACCUAUUCUUCCCUCUCCCCUCUUUUCUAGAAGCCCCAUGGCCCAACUCUUGCUUUGUACCAUUCAAACGUGAGUUCAUUUUCUGGAACAGGGAAGGUGUAGCUAGCCUAAUUUAAGUGAUCCCGAGUCUUCAGUUUGUCUUAGGGAUGCAAGAGUUUCCUUUCUGGAUCAGGGCAAGGUCCACCUAGACCUGUGUCUGUACAGUGGUACCUGGGGUUAAGUACUUAAUUCGUUCCGGAGGUCCGUUCUUAACCUGAAACUGUUCUUAACCUGAAGCACCACUUUAGCUAAUGGGGCCUCCAGCUGCUACCAUGCUGCUGGAGCGCAAUUUCUGUUCUCAUUCUGAAGCUAAGUUCUUAACCCGAGGUACUAUUUCUGGGUUAGCGGAGUCUGUAACCUGAAGCAUAUGUAACCCGAGGUACCACUGUAUAUCUAUAUCUAUAUCAUCUAGAUCAGGACGUGGGUGGCGCUGUGGCCUAAACCACUGAGCCUCUUGGGCUUGCCAAUCAGAAGGUCGGCGGUUCAAAUCCCCGCGACGGGGUGAGCUCCCGUUGCUCUGUCCCAGCUCUUGCCAACAUAGCAGUUCAAAAGCACGCCAGUGCGAGUAGAUAAAUAGGUACGGCUGUGGUGGGAAGGUAAAUGGUGUUUCCAUGCACUCUAGCUUCUGUCAUGGUGUCCCGUUGCACCAGAAGCGGUUUAGUCAUGCUGGCCAUGAGCUGGAAAGCUGUCUGUGGACAAAGCCUGCUCCCUUGGCCUGAAAGUGGAGAUGAGUGCUGCACCCCAUGGUCAAAUUCGACUGGACUUAGCCGUCCAGGGGUCCUUUACCUUUUAUCUAUAUUUUACCAAGAUAUCGAUAUUUUACCAAGAUAACAUAUAUUCAGUGCUAUCAAAAAGAAAAUGAAGGCAGAAUUCUACAACCUUACAUAAAUUAUAAUAAAAUUUCUUAGUUUUGCAUAAUUUUGCUAGUUAUGGGGAGGGCAGUGACAAGGCAAAGAAGUACUUGAAAUCCUACCCAUUUUGUCUUUGGAGAUUUUACCAAGGGUUUGCUAGCGCUCUGAUCGCAUACUGCUAAGCCUAUCACUGGAGUUCUAAGGACUAGGUUCUUUUACUAUUAAAUGACACCUUUGUUUCUUAGUAUGAUAAGUUAUCUGGCCUUUUUCUUUCUGUACUGGUGUGUAAAUGCAGAAUCCAUCUAUAAUCAUCUGGCUGCAGCAGUGAAUUAGGCUCACAGUAUGCGGUUCCAUUAACGGCAAAGAUUAAAGUUGCAACUUCAGACACAUGCCGGAGUUUGCGUCAGAAUGGAGUUUGAAUGCAGUCAUCUUUUAAAGCAAGGAAAGCAAGAACACAUGAUGCUAAAAGUGACAGGAUAUUGGGUUUUACCUCUUCUUAAGAAUUCUGUUUGUAGAGCAAAAUAAGCCAUCAUCCUUAGUUUAAAAAGAAAAGCCAACAAAAAUCUCAUUUUGUGUAAUACGUGGGAUUAUCCACGUUGUGUUUUGAUCAGGAAAACAGAAGCUAUUUAGUCCAACCAACCCAACUUCUAACUUGCAUUUAUAUUUUUUAAAACCCCUUAUUUAAAUAUAUAUAUAUGGAGCAACAAUACAUAAAAGGGGAAUGUUUUAAUCCUUGGUGCUCUUUUAGGAUUUGCCCAGAAUCCCUUUCUGGAAUAAUUUUCUUCUAUCCUAUUAUUCUCCAUAUACUUGGGUAGGAUUUAGGAGAAAAGAUUUAAAAUGCAAAGACAGGAUUAUUUGUGUGUGUUUGCUCUUUCUCUCCUCUUUUAUAAGCCGUUCUGAUUUAAGAAGUGGUUUGGCCUACCAAACCAAGGCAGCGUUUCAGAUAUUUUCUCCAACUAGCCUUGUGGCAUCCGCGUUUCCUUCUCUCUCCCUCUGUCAGCCAGAGCCCAUGGCAGAAAACAAAACAAGUGCAGCCUUUUAUUUUAUUAACUCUGUACCCUCAAUUCUCUGAAUGGAUCAUAAGAUCAUAAUGACAUAAUAUGAGUAAGUGAACACAAUCAUUCACUACAGUUCAACUGCAUCAAAGCCAAAAAUGUACAGCAUUUGGCUCUAUUCCAGCCCGUGCUUGGAAGUUGCCAUUUGUUUAGGCAGGGGUCAGCAAACUUUUUUUAGCAGGGGGCCAGUCCACUGUCCCUCAGACCUUGUGGGGGGCUGGACUAUAUUUUGGAAAAAUAAUAAUAAACGAAUUCCUAUGCCCCACAAAUAGCCCAGAGAUGCACUUUAAACAAAAAGACACAUUCUACUCAUGUAAAAACAUGCUGAUUCCCGGACUGUCCACGGGCCAGAUUGAGAAGGCGAUUGGGCCGGAUCUGGCCCCCAGGCCUUAGUUUGCCUACCCAUGGUUUAGUGUUUUUAAAAUAUAUCUGCUGUGAAAGCAAAUGAAGCCUGAGCCCCGGUAAAAGGACUUCAUGUGUUUGAAGUUAAUACCUUUGUUUUGGGUAAAAACUGAUUUAUCUAAAUGGCCUGCAGUGAACGGAAUAAUUGUAAAUAUAGGUUAAAGAGGAAUGUGCAGGAAGAACAUAGCAAUGCAGUUCAUCAUAUGAACUUGGAGGUUUUUAAGCAGAGGUUGGACAGGCAUCUGUCAUGUAUCAUGCAUAAGAUCUGUGUGUACCUGGUGUUGCUGUCCUCCCGCUCCAAAAUUUGAGUUCUACAAGCCCCAUGGAAAAGAACAGGAAGUAAGAACGUAAAAAGAGCUGGAUCAGUCCAAGGGCCCGUCUAGCCCAGCAUACUGUUCUCGCAGUGGCCAGUCAGAUGCCUAAGGGACCUGAGUGCAACUUACUUUAUUUGGUGAUCACUUGUAGCCGAGUAAGAUUGUCUUCCAUGAACACAGUCUUAACAGUGCAUCUGUAAGUGACUGUGGAGGCCACUUCUGGAUCUACACGUCCUUCCACAGUGGGGACACAGGUUUCCGGGCAGGAGUUGAUCACAGUGAGGGUUCGCCAAGCGUGCCUUCCUCUUAGCACGUUCCUCCCUUUCGUCCUGAGUUCGAACGUCCUCAAAGCCCAUGACACCUUUGGUAAAGGCUGUUCUCCAAUUGGAGUGCUCACAGGCCAGUGUUUCCCAGUUGUCGGUAUUUAUACUACAUUUUAAAAGAUUUUCCUUGAGUCUUUGAACCUCUUUUGUUGACCACCAGCAUUACGCUUUCCAUUUUUAAGUUCGGAGUAGAGUAGUUGCUUUGGAAGACGAUAAUCAGGCAUCUGAACAACAUGACCAGUCCAACAAAGUUCAUGUUGAAGAAUCUUCGCUUCAUCACUGGUGAACUUUGCUUCUUGCCAGUGUACUGGCAUUAGUUCGCCUGUCUUCCCAAGUGAUGUGUAAAAUUUUUCGGAGACACCAUUGAUGGAAUCUUUCGAGGAGUUGGAGAUGGUGUUUAUAAAUGGUCCAUGUUUCACAGUGCUUGUGAUCCCCAGCAGCUGAAGGUGCACAAGAGCAUGGCAGUGGGGAGAUUUGUCCCUCCUGACUUGAGCUGUCUCUCCCUCCCUCCCCUUUUCUUUUUGGACAGGUGUUAUUUGAACUUGCCCGCUACCACGCCCCCUCCACAAUCUUCCUGGAUGAGCUGGAGUCCGUCAUGAGCCAACGAGGAACAGCCCCAGGGUAACAAACGUUUAAGUGGGGGAUACCUCUUUGCCGACUGUUUUCCGUAAGGCAGAUCCUCUCCCCGAACAGCUUAGAAAAACCUUGCUAACUGUAAGAAAAAUCCAUUUUCCCUUCUGUAUAUCUCGCUCUUCCACUUCUGACUCUAAACAUCCCUACGUUCAAAUAAAGGAACAAACGCAGUAUGUUUGGAAAGCCAAAUCUGUUUGUGCCAGUAGGUCUGUGACUUAAGCUACUUAGCCUUCCCCCUGGGUUAAGCGUGUCUGGGUCUGAUCUGGGUCUGCCUGAAUGGGAGGCUACCUAGUAUACUCUUGUUCUGAGCUCCCAAAUCUGGAAUAUAAGAGUAAUCAGCAAGUAUGUGAGCUUAUGUCAAGGGUGGGGAACCUGAGGCCCAAGUCCAGAUGAAACCUCUAGGUCUCUUUAUCCAGCUCUUAGGGUUCUCCCUGGGCCUUGCCCUUCUCCAGCCCUGGUCUGUGGCCCUGCAGAUGAUGGUGCAAUGUAGCUUCCAUCAGACCCAGCCAGCAUGGCCAAUGGCCAGGAAUUAUGGGAGUUGUAGUCCCACAGUGUCUGAAGGACUAAAGGUUCCACAUCCCUCUUUUAAUCCACCCACCUGCUUUUACAUCCCAGCCAGCGUCCAUCUGUACAGUCAUUCUCCCUCUGAGCCAGGUUCAAGUUCUCUGCAUUAAUCUACAAAUUCCUGAGCAACUUAGAUUCAGGGUACCUUAAGGACCGCCCAGAUCAGGGUUUCCCAAACUUGGGUCUCCAGAUGUUUUUUGGACUACAACUCCCAUCAUCCCUAGGUAGCAGGACCAGUGGUCAGGGAUGAUGGGAUUUGUAGUCCAAAAACAGCUGGAGAUCUAAGUUUGGGAAACGCUGGCCUAGACCCUUUUAUCCUAGCUCAGUUACUGAGAAGUGUUCUUGGUUAUUUUCCAUGUUGACAAGGCUCAUUGGGCAUCAAAAUGGAGCCUUUAGUGUGUCGUCGACCCAGUAUUGUGGAAUACUCUUCCAGUAGUGAAUCAGCAGGUGCCUUCUGUUCCAACCUUUAAACAUCUGCUGAAAAUCCUUCUAUCCCACCAGGCUUCUUUAGGCAAUUCAGAAUUCAUCUCUCCAUAAUAGUUGCUUGACGGCCUUGGGUUUAAAUUUUUUAUGUACUUUUAUUAUAUACAAAUGCUGUUGUAAAAGGUUUUGUUAUUCUCGAUGAUGUAGUGGUAGAUAAAUAUUUUUAUAAAUAAAUGAUAAAGUAACUUCCACCAUCAAGCACAUUCCAAGCAGAGCGCAAGAUCUCGCCAAGGAAACCUGUAAAAUUGGCUGUCGCCCAGUUGCAGAAUGCAGACCAGUGGCGUAGCGGGGGUUGUCAGCACCCGGGGCAAGGCAAGUAAUUUGCACCCCCUAACUCGUGGAUUUGUGCCCCCUAACCCUAACCCCAAGAUGUUGCGCCCGGUGCGGCCGGCCCCCCCUGCACCCCCCACGCUACGCCACUGAUGCAGACUUUGCCUGUACCGAAGAACGACAAAAUCUGCGAAGCUCUCCUGCAUGUCCCACAUUCAGCCAAACGGGAGUAGCGAACGGUUACAGAUGUGUUUUUUGUGCUGUUCCCAUUUAUUUUGGCGGAGCUUUACCAAGAGAGCUUCUCAGUAGUUUGCACCAUAGUUUAACACAAAGAUAUAUAGGAUUAGUAAGACACACUGAAUCAGACCAGAAGUCCAUAUUGCCUGGUAUUUAUUGGGAAUGUACAAAGCUUGCAUACUGGCACUGAACUAUGGCCCGUUUCUGUUCCCUGUAAUUAUCCAAGCUGAUCUAACUUAAGACUUAAUAGCCUUCUCACUAAAUGCUGGCUUUGGGAUCUGCUCAGUGCCUCUUGCAUUAAUCUGCGUGCAAAGAUAAAACUCCAAAGUGUGCAUUUCCUUUCGUUUUAGUGCUCUUACAUGAGUGGAUUCAUUGCAGAAUUAACUUCUGGGCAUUAAUCGUCAUGAAGUUUGGACAUAAUGCUUAGGUUUUAUCUCAUGGAACUUAACCGCCCUCGGAACUGGGGGUUGGGCGAGACAGGGAGAUGCGAAACCCAUGAAUGGGCUUGUGCUUCUGAGCUUGUCCCUGUCUCUGUAACGGCAGUGGUCCUGAUGCAGGCCAGGGAAUAACAUUGACUCCGCCCCUCCCUUUCUCCAUCCUCCACAUCCUGGUAGCGGUGAACACGAAGGAAGCCGGAGGAUGAAAACGGAAUUACUGGUUCAGAUGGAUGGCCUGGCCCGGUCAGAUGAUCUUGUCUUUGUUUUAGCGGCUUCCAACCUGCCCUGGUAAGAGAUCCGGAGAGUACGCUUUGAAUACAUUUGCGUGAGCCUCUAAACACAGAUAAAGAUUUUACUUAGACCCAGAGCAGUAAAAGCCUUGAUAUUUGGUUAAAGCCUUCAAAGAUUAAUUGGGAGCUUUUUACUUUGCUCCUGCAGUUCUUGCCGCAGGAGUGCAUAAUCCUCCGUAAAGGCAGCAUAUGCCGGCCCAAGCCAGCUGCUAAUAUUUAAAAAGGGGCUUGAUGGCCAAGUUAUUUACUAUGGCUAAGCUAAAGAAGGGUUUCAGCAAAGAAACGCUUAAGGUGCUUAAAACAUCCAGUGCUCAGGAAAGAUAUGCUCUAUAAAUAGGCAAGGAUGGAUUUCAUUGGUAUUAAAAGGUGACUUUUAAAAGUUUGAGGAUAAAACCCUUCAGAUUUUUUAAUGUCACGUAGAUCUAGUGGAGGGGACGCGGGUGGCGCUGUGGGUUAAACCACAGAGCCUAGGACUUCCCGAACAGAAGGCCGGCAGUUCGAAUCCCCGCGACGGGGUGAGCUCCCAUUGCUCGGUCCCUGCUCCUGCCAACCUAGCAGUUCGAAAGCACAUCAAAGUGCAAGUAGAUAAAUAGAUACCACUCCGACGGGAAGGUAAACGGCAUUUCCGUGCGCUGCUCUGGUUCGCCAGAAGCGGCUUAGUCAUGCUGGCCACAUGACCCGGAAGCUGUACACCGGCUCCCUCGGCCAAUAAAGCGAGAUGAGCGCCGCAGCCCCAGAGUCGGUCACGACUGGACCUAACGGUCAGGGGUCUCUUUACCUUUACCUUUAGAUCUAGUGGAAUAGCUGAAAAUAUGUACUAUCCAGAUUCUUCUUAGCAUAUUGGGUGGAAGUCCUGUUGGUGCUGUUGCACUCAUGGAAGGCUUUUGAUCAGUGCCGGAUUUACGUAUAAGCUAAACAAGCUAUAGCUUAGGGCAGGCAAGGGCAAACUUGGCUCUCCGGAUGUUUUGGGACUACAAUUCCCAUCAUGCCUGAUCACUGGUCCUGUUAGCUAGGGAUCAUGGGAGUUGUAGUCCCAAAAAACACAUUUUUGUUUAAGCAGGCCUGUCCUGACAUGGGCAUGCCUGUUAAUAUUAAUUACUGUUAAUACCAAUUCUAAACAUUUAAAGUGCUUUUUCUUGAUAAUUUUAAUAUUUCUUUUAAAACGCUUACAGGUUUUCAUAUAAUCAAGCAAUAUGAAAGUUGUUCAAUAAGGAUAAAAACUCAGCCUAAUUACUAUUUGGCUUUUAGAAGACAUCUGAAGGCAGCCCUGUUUAGGGAAGUUUUUAAUGUCUGAUGUUUUAUUGAAUUUUUAUAUUUUGUUGGAAGCUGCCCAGAGUGGCAUGCAAUUUAUUUAUUUAUUUAAAUAAAUUUAAAUAAAUAAAUAUGGAAGUGUGAACAGCCUCUGUUGUAAAGCACUGUAUGCUGAAGUUCUAAGUUCUGAUGGUCUGAUCUUAGGUCACUGAUAGCCCAUUCCUGCAUGCAGAUUCUUGCUUGAUUCUGCCGUCCUCAUGUGAGAGUCAUAGAGUUGGAAAGGGACUCCCAAGGCUCAUCUAGUCCCGCCCCCUGCAAUCUCUGUUCAAGCAUAAAAGUGCACUUGUGGACAAGUCCUGCCCUAACGGAGCCUGAGCCAGUCUGGGACUUGCGAUCCCUCUCCACCCUUUCCCAUGAUUUCCUAGAGAUCGCAGCCCACGCUUCAGAAAAUGGUGAACGGACCCCUGUAGCCGCAGUCAUUCUUCCCCUUCCUCUUCCCUUCUCUAGGGAACUGGAUUACGCGAUGUUGCGCCGGCUCGAGAAGAGGAUUCUGGUGGACCUCCCGAAUAAAGAGGCAAGGCAGGCGAUGGUUCAGCACUGGCUUCCUUCCGUGAGCAACAGCGGCGGAGUCGAACUGAGGACGGAGCUAGACUACAGCUUGCUCAGUCAGGUGAGGAGAAGCCAUCGCUGUCAACGACUGCACCUCACAGGGAGCUUUCACAGAGGGCAAGGCAUAUACACACAGUGCAUCGUAGGUAGACCUGGGAAUGUCCCAAGCUGACUCAACAGAAAGGAGGCCCACCGCCCCAAGAGCCAUGUUUUUGGGGCCAACCUUGAAGGCACCUGAUGCAGUUCCAUUUUGGCUCUGAGGUUGUGUCUCCUCCCGGCUGGGAGACUGGUCUGGAAACCUCCAUGUCUGCUACUUUUGGGUUGUUUGGAACGAGGUUCACAAGCAAAGGAUAAUAAUAAUACAGUGGUACCUCGGGUUACAGACGCUUCAGGUUACAGACUUUGCUAACCCAGAAAUAGUACCUCGGGUUAAGAACUUUGCUUCAGGAUGAGAACAGAAAUCGUGCAGCAGCGGUGCAGCGGCAGCAGGAGGCCCCAUUAGCUAAAGUGGUGCUUCAGGUUAAGAACAGUUUCAGGUUAAGAACAGACCUCCAGAACGCAUUAAGUUCUUAACUUGAGGUAUAAUAAUAAUAAUAAUAAUAAUAAUAAUAAUAAUAAUAAAAAAUAUUUAUACCCCACCCUUCUGGCUGGGUUUCCCCAGCAACUCUGGGAGGCUCCCAACAGAAUAUUAAAAACACGAUAAAACAUCAAACAUUAAAAACUUUCCUAAACAGGGCUGCCUUCAGAUGUCUUCUAAAUGUCAGGUAGUUGUUUAUCUCUUUGAUAUCUGGUGGGAGGGCGUUCCACAGGGCGGGUGCCACUACUGAGAAGGCCCUCUGCCUGGUUCCCUGUAACCUCACUUCUCGCAGGGAGGAAACCGCCAGAAGGCCCUCGGCGCUGGAUCUCAGUGUCCGGGCUGAAAGAUGGGGGUGGAGACGCUCUUUCAGGUAUACUGGGCCAAGGCCAUUUAGGGUUUUAAAGCUCAGCACCAGCACUUUGAAUUGUGCUCAGAAACGUACUGGGAUGAAACUGAAGUACCCACCUGGUGGGGCAACUGCCAUAUGAGAGGCAAAAGAGCUGGGCAAGUAAGAGCAGUGUGUGCUGAGGAAUGAUUGGUCUUCCUUCACUUCAGUAGGGCAGGAAUUGGGGGGAAAUAAUAGUGGGGUGGGGGAGCCAUAUUCUAAAUGGACAUGCUUGUGGAGGGGCGUUCCCCUGGAUCUCAAUCACUUUCUGAAACAUCCCAUGUUCUUUGAAAUGCUACAUUUGCAUUGGAAAGUUCCUGGAGACUGAACUGUGUCUUUCCAAUUUACUUAUUAGGAGAUGGAAGGAUACUCUGGUUCCGACAUCAAGUUGGUCUGCAAAGAAGCUGCUAUGCGCCCCGUGAGAAAAAUCUUCACUGCCCUUGAAAAUCACCAGCCAGGUACACCUGUGUAUUUGUGUUUUUAUAUUGCAAACCAGCUCUCAGCUCUCACCUGUGCUUCCUAGAAGCUGUCUACAUGCGACAGUGGCCACACCCUAUGAACAGUUUUGACUGGCUGGUUUGACUCAACCAGGUGAGGGUAGCUGAUGGGUCUCAAACUCCUGGUGAGUUAGGGACUUCAUCUGCAUGCGAGGACAAGUUCUGGUGGAUUGAGCGGAUGAGACCAAUAGUGGGCCCAACGGUCAAGAAGGCAGUUUCUGCACGUGUUGCAAGGGGAAGUGAGGGGCAGGUGGGGCUUGUCCACAUGGGAAGGUAGUCCAUCUACGACAGUGUUUCUCAACCUUGGGUCCCCAGAUGUUGUUGGACUACAACUCCCAUCAUCCCUGACCACUGGUCCUGCUAGCUAGGGAUCAUGGGAGUUGUAGGCCGAAAACAUCUGGGAACCCAAGGCUGAUCUAGGCGAAGGAAAACUGUGGUUCUAAACCUCACUGCCUUGUGGGACAUCUUUGGGAAAAGGAGUGAACCCUACACAAAUCUGGAGUGGAGUCCCUAAGACGGUUGGAUGGCGCCUCGUACGCCUCCUUCCAGCAACUCCUGCAGUCAAGCUGGUGCCAAAUGUCUUGCUCUGCUUUCCUUUGGACCACACCUGCAUGGCCGGGGGGGCGGGUCUUGUUGCUGCCCAGGCUUUUAUCCCAGGGAGGUCACUUCAGUGCUGCUAACGCAGCAGUUUGUUUCCACCCCUGGGGGUGCAACUCCAUUGUCUCUCAAGACAGAUGGAUGCCAACGAUAUUGUAAACUGUCCUGUGGUCCUCAAAUGAAGGGCAGUAGGGAAAUUUAAUAAAAACAAGUAAGUACAGUCAUACCUCGGGUUGAAUGUGCUUCAGGUUGAGCGCUUUUGGGUUGUGCUCUGGGUUGUGCUCUGCAGCAACCCACGGAGUGCGUUACUUCCGGGUUUCGCCGCUCGCGCAUGUGCAGACGCUCAAAAUGACGUCGCGGAAGCGGCAAAACACAACCUGCACAUGCGCAGUCGUGUGUUCUAUUCAGGGUGCGACCGGGGCUCCAGAACAGAUCCUGUUCGCAUCCCGAGGUAAAUAGGUUUUCUGAGUGUUCAAGGUGCACAGGCACUCAUCUGCUAUUGCAGAGUGCUGUGCUGAAGAGCCAAGUACUAGCUAUCUUCCAGCGAUAAACUGCAGUCGGGGCGUUCUAUUUCCUGUUAUGAAGCGCCCCUAAAAACACCACAACUUUUGAUAUGAUGGCCUGGCACCUCAGAGGGAAGUUUCACUGCUGUCCUGGAGAAACCACAAGAGUCUUCGUUACAGCUAGCCAGGCUCUCAUGUUCCAAGCAAGCCGAGUUGAAAGGGAAACUGGCCAAUUCACUGUCUUCAUUACUGGAAAUGCUCUACCCAUAUCCUACCAUUUAUAAAUUUAAAAGUGAACGAGGGAGCAUCAGACCCUUUCUAGGAGUAUUGUCAGUAUGUGGUCAUCUGUAUGUCCCACCUCCCUCCCUCCCAAUUACUCAUCAGGAAGUUUCAACAGCCCAAGGCUGUUUUGCCAGUGGAGCCCAAAAUAAAUGGCACUAUCUCUUCUCCACCUCACCUGGGCAGCGGAAUGAAUUUUUCUAGAAGCCUUUUUGCAGACAUUUUAUUUAGUCAACCUUCCGGGCUGGCACCAUUUAAAAACUUUCAACACCCAUUCAGUGUCGAGGAGAUAGGAUUGAUAGUCUCUGUUACACCCAACUAAGUCAUCAGAAGUGCCGCUUCUCGCCUUGAUAGCUAAGAAUUUUUUAGAUACCUCAUCUCUCUCUGCCCAGCCACUUUCCUGGGGAUUUCCCCACUUCCUUCUCGCUUGUUCCCUUUUGCUGCUAAAGAGGUGUCGUCACCUCUCCCCACGUGCCUCCAACAAACCCCACCCUCACAGAAUAAGGACAAGGUAUUACCGUAUUUUUCGCACUAUAAGACGCACUUUUCCCCUCCCAAAAAGUAAGGGGAAAUGUGUGUGCGUCUUAUAGAGCAAAUGCAGGCAGGAGGCUCUACUCAGCUAUCCCUUAUAGAGCCGGAUGGAGUGUGUGUGCGGCUCUUGGGGGCUUUUCCCCAAGGAAGGAGAAGGGCAGCCCUUCUCCCUCCUGGGGGAAAAGCCCCCAAGAGCCGCACACACACUCCAUGCGCUCUUUAAAGGGAGCACGGCUCUUGGGAGAGCCUUAGCCGCACGCAGCCUCUCCUGGGCAGGGGGAUGAAGGCUCCCAUUGCUGGGGAGAGGCUGCGCGUGGAUAAGCAAGAAUCCCGCUGGCUGUCUGGGCUUCUGGGAUUCAGAAUUCCCCCCCCCCUUGUUUUCCUCUUCCAAAAACUAGGUGUGUCUUAUGGUCUGGUGCGUCUUACAGAGCGAAAAAUACGGUACAUUCCCCCUCAAGCCCGUCAUUUGACCAACUCUAUCCCCCACCUCCCACAGCUUCUUCCAUAUUCAAGGGGAGACUUGAGUAGUAUUUAUACCCAUUCUUCUUUUGUCAAUGUAUAUGCUAUCAACAGGGCGGCUGGGACAAUAACAUGAACAAAUGGUGUGUGUGUGUGUGUGUUUGUUUUGGUCCAUGCUCUUCUUUCCGCAGACAGCGGGAGCUUACCUGUAAUUGAACUGGACACAGUCACCACCGAAGACUUCCUGGAUGUGAUCACUCACACGAAGCCCUCUGCUAAGAACUUGAGCCAAAAAUACACUGAGUGGCAAAAAGAAUUUGAGUCCGUCUGAAUUCCACCCCCCGGCAAGUCAAGAUUACAACCAUCCAGAACCCAACGAAUUUCUGGGAGCCAGAGACUGAAUACUUAACAUUAAUACGGAUAUUAUUUUUCCUUUCUAAGAGAAACAGAACAAUCUAUUCUCAAAGGUGCACACUAAUUUUUAUUUCUUUUUAAGAACAGAGAGGGGCUUGCUGGUUGUUUGCUGUUGAGCCUCUCCCCUCUCCUGCCUUUACUAAUAUGCAACAGAAAAUAUUUUUGCACUGUAUUUUAUGCCUGAAAUCCAAUGAAUUGUAAUAUCCUCUUACAUCCACCACCAGACAUAGACACCUCCCCGCUGACACCUAGGAUCCACCACACACUGACACCACAAGUAUUUUGCUGCUGGCACUCCCCUCUUCAGAGGAACAAGGACAAUAUUUGCAAUACCAAAAGAGGUGGUGGUUAGUUGGACUUCUCAGGGAUCCUUGUAUUAAAAGCAGCAGGUGUUGAGCAGGACUUGCAACGAUGAAGAAUAAACUACUGGUCCUCUUUGAGGGAUGCAUUCCUGGAUCCCGUUUCACCCCUUGCCUGGGUUUAUUGAGAAUCUAAGGUAGACUUUUCAAAGAGUAUUUCCCCGUAAGUGAAGGGAUCGCUUGUGUCUCGGGGCCAAACAUGACGCAGCCUUAGAGCUGGAUAACCUCCCAACAGUUUUUGAACAUUGCAGCUGUGGGAGACGCAGCAGCGAGGAGGGGUGCUUAACCCUGUUCUGCAGGCUGCUUUCCUAUGAAAGUUGACAAGUUGACCCAUUGCCCUCGCAAAAGGUGCUUCUUCCUUUGCCAGGGAAGAGGAUAGCAGGGCUGUGGAUUUGGCUUCAGUGGGAGACUCAGAGGCUUCCCCUAUUCGUGCCUCUCUCCUUUACAUCAUAUGAUCUUCUAAAGCUAGACAUAGGGCCUUCAUGUCAAAUUGCCCCUAGGCUGUGGAACCGCUAAACUGAUGCGACAGGAACUGCUUUUAAUUCGGGAUUUUAAAUUGUUGUAACCUUCCCUGGGGACCUGCUGAUGAAGGGUGGGUAAUAACAACAGCAGCAGCAAAUUUAUGGAUGAUAACUAGGGCUGGGCAAUAUCUGGCUUUCAACAUCGUGAUAUAUCAACCAGCUAAACGUUGCAAUAUACAGUGGUGCCUCGCAAGACGAAUGCCUCGCAAGACGAAAGAGUUUUCCAUUUUUUGAGUCGUUCCGCAAGACGAAUUUCCCUAUGGGCUUGCUUCGCAAGACGAAACGUCUUGCGAGUUCUUGCGAGUUUGUUUCCUUUUUCUUAAAGCCGCUAAGCCGUUAAUAGCCGCUAAGCCGUUAAUAGCCGCUAAGCCAUUAAUAGCCGCUAAUAGCCGUGCUUCGCAAGACGAAAAAACCGCAAGACGAAGAGACUCGCGGAACGGAUUAAUUUCGUCUUGUGAGGCACCACUGUACCAGCUUAGCGGCUAUUAACGGCUUAGCCGCUGUACUAUUAAGCUACCAGUACAGUGGUACCUCCGGUUACGAACUUAAUCUGUUCUGGAGGUCUGUUCGUAACCGGAAACCGCUCGUAACAUGAGGCGCGCUUUUGCUAAUGGUGCCUCCCGCUGCUGCUGCCGCGCCGCCGGAGCGCGACUUCCGCUCGCCUCCUGGGGCAAAGUUUGCAAUAAGGGGCAUCUACUUCCAGGUUGGCGGAGCGCAUAACCUGAAGCAUUUGUAAGGGGGACAGUACGUAACACGAGGUACCACUGUACAUCACGAUGUCUGAAAUAAGGAUAGAGCAAUGUAGAGGCAUCGGCUGGCUACAGAGUUUUCCCCACGUCAUUUUUGCUGGCGCCUGCUCUUGUGAUUCAUGGCCCCUUGCGUGAAGCAGGGGAGAGCUGAACCAGCAGAGUUAACAGGGGCUGCAAGAAUCGAGAAAAGCAUUGGCUAGCUUCACGGGGUUUGCCACAUUGCGAUUUCUGCAUAGCACACACACACAAUGGUUGUGAUAUUUUGCCAGGUCAAAAAUUAUGAAACCAAUCUCACAAUAUGGUGGACCUUUCAGAGACUAUACAUGAUGAACUGCUUUCCAUUUAGUGUUUCCCUUGUCUGGUCUGUUCACUGAAUGUUUGUCGUUUUUUGUUUGAUUUUUCAAGUGGUUAUUAGUUUGUAUUACUUUAAAAUGAUGAUGGUGAUGAAUGAAUGAAUGUAUGCUACCUUGAGCCCUGGAAAGAUGGCUAAUAAGCGCUUUAACAAUAGGUCAGUUAAAUAAAUACCCACAAGUAACUUUAGCUAGGUUAGGGCUACUAAAGUUUAUCAAGGAACACCGGGGGCGGGGGGGUGAGGUGGGAUGGUCAGAAAAAUGCAGGAGAAACUUGGUCAGGAAGCAGAGCAUGAUGAAAGGGAUAAGGACAUGUUCACAAGUGCACACACUUGCAAGACUCCUUCUGCUGUUGAAUCUGGAGCUCCCCACAGCCACGUUAAAGGGAAGAACCAAAAUAAAAGGGAGUCACUCCACUUGUUUUGUACAUCUAAUCUGUUUUGGCAGGUCAAUGCCAGCAUUGCUGACAUGUUGCAUUUCACACCACCUGACUUUCCUUGUCCCAGAAUAAAGCACUGUUAAGUUUCUGGGGAUGAGUCUGUGUAGUAAUAAUAAUAAUAAUAAUUUAUUAUUUAUACCCCACCCAUCUGGCUGGGUUUCCCCAGCCACUCUGGGCUGCUCCCAACCGAAUAUUAAAAACAUAAUACAGCAUUAAACAUUAAAAACUUCCCUAAACAGGGCUGCCUUCAGGUGUCUUUAAAAGUCAGAUAGUUGCUUAUUGCCUUGACAUCUGGUGGGAGAGCGUUCCACAGGGCAGGCGCCACCACCGAGAAGACCCUCUGCCUGGUUCCCUGUAAUCUCACUUCUCGCAGUGAGGGAACCACCAGAAGGCCCUCAGCACUGGACCUCAGUGUCCGGGCUGAACGAUGGGGGUUCUGAUCUUAUAGUUCUGACUAUAAGGGGAGAUAACACAGGACUCUAGCUCAGUCUUUCGAACUGGGACCACAGAUAGUGUUUUGAAUGAACAAGCUAAAGUUAGCUUUGAGUACAGCUGCAGUCCUGUGCACUGUUAAUCAGAAGUAAGCUCCAUGGAACUUGGACUAACUUCUGGGUAAAUGUGCGUAAGAUUGGCAUGCAUAUCCCACAGCAAACAGUGACAUUUGUCAGUUCUAACUAACUAGUUAAUUUCAAUGGAAUCUGGGUUGUAGUCCUAACCCUAUUUGCCUGUGUGCAAGUCUCACUGGAUUUGGGCCAGUGGUUGUUUUUUUUAAAUCGGUUUUGCUGUUACUAUAUUUAUAGCCUACUUUUGGUCCAGAGGGGCUCGGUCUCAUCAGGGCAGCAUUUUCCAUUUAAGAAACAACAAUUAGGGUUGGAUCCUGCCAGAGUGAAGGAAAGAUUUACACAUGUGCUUAGCGCUGCUGCUUGAAAUCGGCAGCAACAAAGCAGCACUUAACUUUGCCUAAACGGUUGUGUUUUGUUGUGUCUUUUGUUAUAUGAAUCUCUGAUCAGCGUUCCUAAUCUUGUUUCCACUCAGCUACGGUCUCCGUUACAGUCCUGGUGUCUUUUCCAUCCAAAAGAGAUUGUAGCUGUAGCUCAUUAAGAAACCUGCUCUUUCAGUAAAGCCGCUGCUACAAUUACAGUCUAAUAAUUUAACACUCAGGAGCGCCAUAAAGUAAACAAAAAGGGCUUCAUUCUUAGUUUUGCAAAUGGUCCAGAAAAGCCAUUUACUGCCAUUACAAAAGUUAGCUCAUUUUGGUGCUGUUAACAUGUGCGGGAAGGAUGGGACUUGCUUCAAAUUGCAAUUUCAUUUUACAGCUGUACUAACAAAACCCCAUAAAAAGUGGGGAAUUUGUCCCCAUGGUUUCCCUAGGAUUUUCCCUCUCCGUAAGGAAACGGGUGGGGGACUCCCCCAACCCAAUGAAACCUUGCAACUGUCAAAUUAAUAGGCCCCCAUUGAAGUCUAACAUCAGAAAUUCAUGGUCUAUAGAAGCCAUUAUGGGCCAGAUCUCUGUUUCCCAGCCAUUCCUGUUAAUAACCCCACCUAAUUAAAACAUCUGUAAAGCCCUGGUAGUUCUAAUUUGUGCAUAAAAAUUGAAAAACAACCCUGGCCUCUAUUAAUGGGCUGGCAGAAGUUCAGCCAUGAAUAUGAUUAUGAAUGGUAGGAGUGCUUUAAAUUAAGAAUUGCUAAUUAAGAUGCAGCCCGGCUGUACUUAAUUGGAUCAGGAGGAGGAAAGUGGCUAGCCAUGGUAAGUAACCUAAACAAAAAUCCCUUGAUAUUUUGCAACUUAGACUUCCAGUAAAUGAUAGCUUGUGGUACCGUUUACCAUGUCGCUUUAAGAAACAAACAAACACACACGUUACCAUGAAGUGGUUUAAAUGCGGUUGGUGAUGUUGGUAUUGAUCAAAAACUUUGUUUAGGUGAACAGCAAACCUUGGCUGCUUUUGGACUCUGGCAAGCAUGCAAACUCAGUUAUUGACCAGCACUGUACUGUUGACACUCACACUUAUCACCCAGAGCUCAGGAACAACACCUGAGAAUUCCCCUGUUCAUGGCAUCAGUGCGGGAAAGAGGGUGGAACAGGAAGGGAAGAGAGAGGCCAGUCCACUCAUGCCUCACUGUUUUUUAACUAGGCUUGGGCUUAGCGUUCAUCUCCUUUUCCAUUCAAAUGUCAUGCCGCAGAACUAACUGAGCUAUGCUUUCUGCAAAAGUGCAGAAGGUGCCACGCUAGACAGCAGACAAGGGGGGACAUCUAUUUGAGCUCUCCCUGCCGUGAAAAGAACAAGAAAACUGGCAUGCCAAGCAGGGUGAAGGCUAGGCUACGACUCUUCUCUGUGAUUCCUAUGAACAGGAAGCUACCCUUCUGGGGAGAGCAUUCAAACGUGAUCGCUUGGUGCUGUCCAGCAAGAGCUCCCCAAGCAAGUCUGGGCUCUGCUGAGGAUGCCGUCGGAUGUUUCAGCUUUUGGCA